AUGUUAAAACAAGUGCAAGAGCACAAGAAUUCUCCUACUCUCUUAUUUUGUGGUGAGGAAUUUAACGAGCAAUUAGCAGCAGGCAGAGGUAAUUUGCGAACUAUAGAAAAAUAUAACAUUAUUGAUUUUGGGUUGGCCGAGAAUAAUAAACCCGAAGUUCUCCAAAAUAAAGUCGCAGAAAUCUGCGAAAAACCGGAAAAUUAUGGGGCAAAAAGCAAAGGCAAUUCACCAAUUAUUUGGCUAAAAAAUAUUGACAAAAUUACUAAUCCAGAAUUAGAAAAUGAACUGGUGAAAAUAAUUGACCCGAGCCAAAACACUAAUUUGGGAAAGCAGCAAGUAGAAAGAGAAUUUUAUGAAGGAAAAAUUAAAAUAGAGGAAAUUAUUGACCUCUCGCAAUUUACGCUAGUUGCCACUACCUCCACUUCUAAUCCACAAUUAUCAAAAAAAAUUACGGAUAAAUUAAAACCCAUUGAAUCAAUUUUCAAUAAAUAUCAUUGGGCCAUUUUUGGCGUCUCAACCGGGAUGGAAAUUAUUAUCUUUCUAUGA